AUGGUCGAAUACAAUCGAUUUAGUGUUGGCAAUUUUACAGUUCAAGAGCAAGUUACAACCGGAAAUUUUGUGAUUUAUCUAAUCGAAUUGAUUCUAUGCUUUUUUGUGGUUCUCGCCAAUUUUAUGUUUUUAAUUGUGCUUUUUAAAGCGGAACUAUUGCAUCGGGUUAGUUCUUAGUUUAAUUCCACCUGUCUCUAUGAAAAGUAUAUUUCCAGAAUCUCCGAAUAAUCCUAUUCUCAACCUGUUUAGCUAAUGCUCUUUAUGCAACUUCACGAUAUUUCAUAACUAUCCCUCUCAUCAUCGCAUAUCUUUUCAAUUCGGAAAUUUCAAGUGUCACAUUUUGCUGGGCUGCAAAAUCCUUUCAUCACUUGGUGUUAGGAGUUCCCGGCCUCACAUUCUUCUUUGUGAUUUUAGAGCGAUGUAUUGCCAGUUAUCACUAUCAAACUUAUGAGAAGCAUAGCUUUUAUCAGAGUGGUUAUUUAUUGGUUACACUUCAGGUAACUUCAUUUUUUUUUUUAGUUUUUCACUGGAUUCCUGGUUUUUUAGUGGUUGACAUCUCUGUUCAUUGUUGUUAUAAAUCAAGUAGAUGUUGCUAAUCAGCCCCGACCUUAUUCCCGUCUCCCGUGUCAAAUUGAAUAUAGCACUUCGAGAUGUUUAUUUUUUGCCAUUGGACUUUUCACAGGUCUCAAUAUCAUCGCCUGUAUUCUGUUCUGGAAAAUGACAAAAUUUAAUAGAAAGCUGUAUAAACAGCGAAGUUGGAAGCUGAAAACUUUGUCUGAAACUUUUCAAGUGUCGGAGAACGUGAAAUCAAUCAAAAUAUUGAAUCCAUUACUCAUAGUUGUCCUAAUUAGCAAUUUAAUAGCAAUGUUUAUCGUUGGACUUCAAGCAACAUUAUACCUCCUAGUUAGGGAAACUCCCGAAGCCGAAAGGGCUGCAUUAACAAAACAAUUAUCGAUUCAAAUAGUUGGGCGAGGAUCGGAAGCAUCACAAAGUUAUGAUAUUGUCUCGGCUAUUAGUAAACUCGUAUUUUGCUAUGCCAUCAGGUCACAUCCAAUAUUGAAUCGGAAGUGGUGUCAGAUUUUCAGCGCGGGGAGAAAAUCAAGUGUUGCGCCGAGUUUCGCAGCAAAAGAUCGAAACGAGGAAUCGGAUAUACAUUUUGACUCAUUGAAAUUAAUGUGGGAGAUGCGGAUGAUUAAUUAAUUCGAUUUUUCUAGUCUAGAAAUAAAUGAAGCGCAAACUUUGACGUAGCUUAUUUGAAAUCUGCAAAAAAUCAAUCAAGCAUGUGCUGAAAACACUCAAAAUUCUCCAGAAAUAAAAUUGCAUCAUUGUCCGAGAGAAGUACACAAGCCAAUAAGUGCGGGUGCCUUUAAAAUACCUUUUAGCAUCCCUUUCACCCGAAAAAAAAACAAAAUUGCAUCAUUGUCCGAGAGAAGUACACAUCGCUUCGAGACCCAAACCAAUAAUUGUGUGCGCCUUUAACCCUUUUCAAACACCAACAUUAAAAAAAUUGAAAAAGCUCGAUAUUUGAUUCCGUGCGACAUUUAUCAUAAAUAUACCUAUAAUUGCAUGUUUGGUCUCGCGCAUUUUCAGUUCUCACAAGUUAGUAUAACUCUCUCUUUCUGCCUCAAUUAUCCUAACUUCUAGAUAUAAAAUGGUCGAAUACAAUCGAUUUAGUGUUGGCAAUUUUACAGUUCAAGAGCAGGUUACAACCGGAAAUUUUGUGAUUUAUCUAAUCGAAUUGAUUCUAUGCUUUUUUGUGGUUCUGGCCAAUUUUAUGUUUUUAAUUGUGCUUUUUAAAGCGGAACUUUUGCAUCGGGUUAGUUCUUUGUUGAAUUCCACCUGUCUUCAGAAAAAGUAUAUUUCCAGAAUCUCCGAAUAAUUCUAUUCUCAACCUGUUUAGCUAAUGCUCUUUAUGCAAUUUCAAGAUAUUUCAUAACUAUCCCUCUCAUCAUCGCAUAUCUUUUCAACUUUGAAAUUUCAAGUGUCACAUUUUGCUGGGCUGCCAAAUCCUUUCAUCACUUGUUUUUAGGUGUGACUAGCUUCACAUUCUUCUUUGUGAUUUUAGAAAGAUGUAUUGCUAGCUAUUAUUAUAAGACCUAUGAGAAAAAUAGCUUUUAUCAAUGUGGAUUUUUGUUGGUUGGCAUUCAGGUGAGUUUAGUUGACUAGUGGAACCCUAUAAUUUUAAUUUUAGUGGUCAAUAUCGCUAUUCCUCUGUGUCCUGAACCAAGUAGAUGUUUUCAACCAACCUCGUCCUUAUACCCGUCUCCCAUGUCAAAUCGAAUAUACAACAUCUAGAUGUUUAUUUUUUGCUAUCGGUUUAAACUUGAUUCUGAAUCUUAUUGCAGUUAUUUUAUUCCUUAGAAUGACCAAAUUCAAUAUAACAUUGUAUAAACAGCGAAAUUUCAAGCUUCAGACCUUAUCUGAAACCUUUCAAGUGUCUGAGAAUGUGAAAUCUAUCAAAAUCUUGAAUCCGUUACUCAUAGUUGUUCUAAUUAGCAAUUUAAUCGCAUUGUUUAUCAUUGGACUUCAAGCAACUUUAUACCUCCUAGUUAGGGAAACUCCCGAAGCCGAAAGAGCUGAAUUAACAAAACAAUUAUCGAUUCAAAUAGUUGGGCGAGGAUCGGAAGCAUCGCAAAGUUAUGAUAUUGUCUCGGCUAUUAGCAAGCUUAUUUUCUGCUAUGUUAUUCGAUCACAUCCAAUUUUAUAUAGGAAAUGGCAGCAGAUUUUUAGCAAAGGGAGUGUUUCAGUAGUGCCUGUUGUGAAGAAAGAAUUGAAUCCCAAAGAGGAAUCUGAUAUUUAUUUUGAUUCGUUGAAAGAUAUGUGGGAAAUGCGAACGAAGCUAUGA